UUUAUAUAAUUUCCCAGUGAAAAAUCUUAUGAUGUGAAAUGGGCUGCAACAUUCGUCGAUGGAAUCAUGCUUUAUGAUCACUUUCAAAAUCCCGAAGAGAGGCGGUGGGCGUGGUAAUUGAUGUACAUUCGCUUUGCCUGAUUUGGAAUGCAUGCAGUCAGUGAGCCUCAUCGGCAACAUACAUCUUAUACACUUUUCUCCUUUUCUUGCUCCUGAAGUCCUGAGCUUGAGGAUAUAUGUUGGCCAUUCUUCCACUCUUUAAUCGUUUUCCCUAAUCAAGCCAUUUCAUCACAAGUCGCAUAGAUACAUACACACAAAAAUACAGCCAGCCAACCAAAAACUACAAGCCUCAACUUUCUACCCACAACAACCUCAACAACUAGCAAUUAUGCCUGCUCACAUGACCAAAGAUGAUGCUUCACGCAUCCAAUCAACUCAAGCCCAAGGUGGUAAAGAUAUGUCCUCUUCAGGAUUUGCGGCGCGCGCUCAAGGAGCUGGCGAUCGUAACGCAAACGCUGGUGGAGCCGCAGCUGGCCAAGGUACUGGUGGUGGAAAUGCAGGUCAAGCUGGAACAGACAAGAAGUAGGAUAGGAUGAGAUUGACGUUCAACAUCAAUUUUGGUCUACCAGGCCAAUGAAAGCUCGAUUGAUGUUGCCAUUGUUUUGUUCGUAAGCAGGGUGCUGGGAUUGGAUGAUGAAACCUUGGAGGAGACAAUGAGAUUUGAGUAGCUUGGGGAGGUGAUUGUCAGAUUUUGGAUCGUAGAUCCUAGCCAUUCGUUUUGGAAUAGCAAUGAAACGCGAUCAUUGCUGUAGUUUUUUUGCUUUCAUUUGGCCUCAUGAAAAGUGAUCAAAUACCCUCAAUACUGCU